UUCGGUCAACAAACGAUGCUGCCGGCAAUCGUGCUCGUAGCUUUUGUGAACGCGUGCUGGUGCUUUCUCCAAGAUGCACCGUCAGUUUCCAUCCCAGCAGGAAAAAUUGUCGGCUACUACAAGAUGUCGCACGAGAAGCGCAGGUACGAAGCCUACGAAGGGAUCCCCUACGCGCUGCCACCGACCGGCGAUCGGAGAUUCCGCCCACCGGAGCCCCUGGUCCAAUGGCCCAAAGAAUUGCUGGCGAACAAGCUGGCCGAUCGGUGCUUCGAGUACGACCGCGAGGUUUACCCCAACGGGCCCUACCUGGGCGGCAACGAGGACUGCCUGUACCUCAACAUCUACGCACCUACGAACAAAACCCGACCGCUGCCCGUGAUCUUCUACAUCCACGGCGGGGCCUUCCAGUACGGCGUCGUCGAGGAGAACGAGGCCCACUUCCUCAUGGACCGGGACCUCGUCUACGCCAGCAUCAGCUACAGGCUCGGGGCGCUCGGCUUCCUCAGCACCGAAGACGACGUCGUGCCCGGGAACAUGGGCCUCAAGGACCAGAGCCUGGCCCUGCGUUGGGUGAGGGACCACGUCCAGCACUUUGGCGGCGACCCCCACAGGAUCACCCUAGCCGGCCUGAGCGCGGGCGGCGCCAGCGUGCACUAUCACUACCUGUCGGCCAUGAGCUCCGGUCUCUUCCACAACGGGAUCUCGCUGAGCGGCACGGCCCUGGACUGCUGGACGCAAACCGAGCACUCGCGCGCCAAGGCCCUCCAGCUGGGGAGGAUGCUGGACUGCCCUACGGACAGCCUGGCCCGGAUGGUCGAGUGCCUCAGGGGAGUUCCGGCCCGCGCGAUCACGCAGGCACAGGAGAGGUUCAUGCCGUGGCAGCUGAACCCGUUCACGCCGUUCGGGCCGGUGGUGGAGAGAAACGCGACGAGGCCGUUCAUCGAUCGCCCGCCGAUCGAGAUAAUCAGCAGUGGCGCCGCUUACGACGCCCCUUGGAUCACCGGGGUCGUCAGCGAGGAAGGCAUCUACCCCGUCGGAGAGUUCGCGAGGGACGCCGCGGUUCUGGGGGACCUGGACGAAAAUUGGGACUCGGCGGCGCCGCAUCUGCUCGACUACUAUUACACCGUGCCGAGGGAGGGGCACGCCACGGUUGCGCGGUACGCGAAGAAGCACUAUUUCGGCGACAAGGCCAUCGGUAGGGAUAGCCUGUCGGUUCUCGUGCGGCUCGUGGGGGAUAGGAUGUUCCUCGUGGACGCGGAAAAGGCGGCGAGAGCGCAGGCGAUGGCCAAUGGGAGCCCGGUUUGGUUUUACUACUACAACUACAGGGCGUCCACGAGUCUUGGUAGCCGCGAAAACGACACCGACGAUCUGGGUGUGUGCCACGGCGACGACGUGUACCUCGUGCUCGGCAAUCCGUACAUGGAUCCAACGAGGUCGGAGAAGGACCUGGCUAUGAAUAGGUAUUUAGUCGACCUGUGGACCACUGUGGCGCAAAAACGAGUACCCGAUCUCGAUUCACGCUGGGCAAAAGUAGAUCCAACCGGUGAGAACUUGAAGUAUUGGCACAUUCGAGGACCCGGUGAUGCGAGCCUCGGAAGCAAUGAGAACUUUGGGGACAAACUGUUUUGGAAUACCAUUAAUUUCGACGAGAAUGUACAACCAUACUUGUAGCGAGAGAAUUAUAUGA